UCCACACAGGUCGUGUCGGGAACAGGCAGGCGUUUGGGAUACGGCCGCUCUCUGUGACUCCGAACCGGAAACAGCGGUAUCAUGUUGUGUUCUCGGGCAAGGAAAGCGGAUGUCAGCGGUUGCUAGGCGGAUUUCUCCGGCAAGCAAGAUGAUUUAAAGUAAAUAUAGUUUGAUAGAGGAGGACGACGACAUUUUGACAUAUUCAAAGCAAGUUGGAGCCUUUAUUUCCGUCCCUGCGCGUUGCUUGAAGCUGUGAUAGUGAUGCCGGCUGCCUCGAGCUGUGACUGCCCGCACCUGGAGUGCGUUGGAGAGAUCACUAAAGAGGAGCUUAUCCACAAGUCUCAUGGCCAGUGCCAGGACUGCAGAGUCGGUGGGCCGAACCUCUGGGCCUGUCUAGAAAAUGGCUGUGCUUACGUUGGAUGCGGAGAGUCUCACGCUGACCACAGUACAGUCCACUCUCAGGAGACGCAGCACAACCUGACCGUGAAUCUGACCACGCUGAGGGUUUGGUGUUACGCCUGUUCCAAAGAAGUCUUCCUGGACAGGAAGCUGGGCCCUGUAACCCCACCCCCUGGCACUGCCAAACCCAUCUCGCCUGUCCUGCUGCCUGGCCAGGAUCCCGGAGUCGCGAGCAGCCCCACCGCUCUGAGAGGGCCGUCGGCCGGAGUACCCGAGGAUCUGGACGUGGAGACUGAAGAGGAAGACGAGCUGAGGACUCGAGGUCUGACCGGCCUGAAGAACAUCGGCAACACCUGCUACAUGAAUGCAGCACUGCAGGCGCUGUCCAACUGUCCUCCGCUCACUCAGUUCUUCAUCGACUGUGGUGGUCUGGUCCGAACAGACAAGAAACCGGCGCUGUGUAAAAGCUACCAGAAGCUCAUUACAGACCUGUGGCACAAAAACAGGCCUUCCUACGUCGUCCCAACAAACCUGUUCCAGGGCAUCAAAGCUGUUAAUCCAAUGUUUCGAGGCUACUCCCAACAGGAUUCUCAAGAGUUCCUCCGCUGCCUGAUGGACCAGCUGCACGAGGAGCUCAAGGAGCUGGUCGAAGAACUCGAGGACCGGAGUCAGACUGCAGGAGCGGACGAAGACGAGCCAAACGAGCCCGCCGAGCCUCAUGAAGCGAACGAGGCUAACGAAGCCGACACGCUCAUCUCAGACGAGGAGAAAGCAAGCCGAGAGCGGCAAAGAGAAAAGAACCUCAUCAACGAGCUGCACCGAGCCGACAAGGACGAGGACACGGCGGCCAUCGUCAGCAGCCAGGGAGCCGUCAAACACAGCAAGGCCACGGACACGAACCCAGAGAUCCAGAUCAGCAGCAGUGGCCGGCCCCAGAGCCCGAGUGCCUGCGAGAACAUCGGGUCCAAACUGUCCAGCAGCCCGCCCAAAUCCACCUCCAUGUGGUCGAACCUCAAUCCGGCUCACAAGAAAGUGAGCAUGUUCGCGUCCCCGAAGAGCAAGCGGCAGAGGAAAUACCGCAGCAUCAUCGCUGACGUUUUCGACGGCACCAUCGUCAGCUCGGUGCAGUGCCUGACCUGCGACAGGGUGAGUCACUCUGAGACGUGCUGUCGUGCGCGUGCACGUUCGUCGUGUAGCAUGUCGCACUGUGAUCCUGCUCUGUCUCUUCAGGUGUCCGUGACUCUGGAGAACUUCCAGGACAUUUCCCUGCCCAUUCCCGGGAAAGAGGAUCUCGCCAGGCUUCACUCCGCCACUCAUCAGACGUCGCUGGUGAAGGCGGGGUCAUGCGGCGAGGCUUACGCUCCUCAGGGCUGGAUCGCCUUCGUCCUCGAAUACAUCAAGAGCUGGUUCUGGGGUCCGGUGGUCACGCUGCAGGACUGUCUGGCCGCCUUCUUCGCCCGAGAUGAACUGAAAGGAGACAACAUGUACAGCUGUGAAAAGUGCAAGAAGUUGAGAAAUGGAGUCAAGUUCUGCAAAGUUCAGAGUUUGCCAGAGAUCUUAUGUAUUCACCUGAAGCGCUUCAGGCACGAGCUGAUGUUCUCCACCAAGAUCAACACUCAUGUCUCGUUCCCGCUGGACGGCUUGGAUUUACAGCCCUUCCUGGCCAAAGACAGCUCAGCGCAGACCACCACCUAUGACCUGCUGUCCGUCAUCUGUCACCACGGCACUGCCAGCAGUGGUCACUACGUGGCUUACUGCCGUAACGACCUGAACCAGAUGUGGUACGAGUUUGACGACCAGAGCGUGACCGAAGUUUCCGAGUCCUGUGUUCAGAACGCCGAGGCCUACGUGCUCUUCUACAAGAAGAGCAGCGAGGAGGCGCAGAAGGAGAGGCGGCGAGUGACUGCUCUGCUCAACAUGAUGGAGCCGAGCCUGCUGCAGUUCUACAUCUCGCGCCAGUGGCUCAACAAGUUCCGGACGUUCGCCGAGCCCGGACCCAUCUGCAACCGUGACUUCCUGUGUACACACGGAGGUGUGCCGCCCCACAAGGCCGUGUAUAUCGACGACCUCGUGGUCAUGCUGCCUCAAAACGUCUGGGACCAUCUGUACAGCAGGUACGGCGGAGGGCCAGCUGUCAACCAUCUGUACGUCUGCCACACCUGCCAGCUGGAGAUCGAGAAGGUGGAGAAACGGCGCAAGAAUGAGCUGGACAUGUUCGUCCGGCUGAACAAGGCGUUUCAGGAGGAGGAGUCCCCCGUGGUCAUCUACUGCAUCAGCAUGCAGUGGUUCCGUGAAUGGGAGGCUUUCGUCAAGGGCAAAGACAACGAUUCUCCAGGACCUAUUGACAACUCCAAGAUUGCUGUGAACAAAAAUGGCCACGUCACGCUCAAGCAAGGUGCUGAUUCGGGUCAGAUCUCCGAGGAGACGUGGAACUUCCUGCACUCAAUCCACGGUGGCGGUCCCGUGGUGACGGUGCGACCCAGCGUGAGCCACCACGACCCCGACGCCUCUCAGGCUGAAGAGAAGAUCGAGGUGGAGACUCGCACCCUGUAGAGAAAUCCAAGAGCGGUCACUUUGCACUUGGCUUCCCCUCAUCCACUCGACAUUCCCCGUGUGCAUUCCUUACAAGUUGAUAAACGUCAUGAAUUACGCUUCAUGUCUGUAUAUAUGGCACGCUUAGUCAGUUAGUUGGAGUUAAAGGAGAAAUUAGACUGCAAAUCUAAUGGACACGCAUUCCCCUUCCUCCUGUGCAAGUCUAAAACCUUUUCUUUAAACACACACCGAAAGCAUUUACAUCCGACGCGAUGCUUCCCGCUUUCAAGCCUCGGUGGGCGGAGCCUGCGGUUCCGGUCGCCCUAAAUGGCCACUACAUGACAUUAUACUGUUUAGCUUCAUGUUGUUGUUGUUGUUGUAAAAUCUAUACUGGGUUGUAAAGCACUGAAAAGAACGUGUUUUGAGGCGGAUAAUUUUAGUUUUGUUUUCGAUUGUGUGAACAUCACGAGCUGAAAAAUUCGCUACAGAAGGACAAACGUGUAUCUCGGGAACAGUUUCAUUGUGUAAAUUUCUUUCGUUUUUUUUCGACGAGCUAUCCCUUUAAAAUAACAAAGUGUUGUAAAAAUGAUUGUGUCGAUUAGCGGCUGGACAACUGAAACGGGUCACUUCGUGUUCCCGUGUGACCUCUUAUUGCGUCUUGAAAGCCGGUUGUCACAAAUAAUAUCAAGGACGUGCCUGAUGGUGUCCCCGUGUGUGUGUGUUCUCCAGGUGCGCUCGAAGCUAAGGGUUAAGCGUCUUUUAAGAAAAAUGUGUGCAGUUACAAGGGUUAAAAGUGCUAAGAACCGUAUUUUCCAGAAUAUCGGUCAGUUUAACCUCCUAGGGCUUAGCGGUCACAUGCCUGGACAGCACUUUAUGGAAAUUCGGAACAAGAAUCCACAUAUGUGGACGUACUUUUUCUCUAAAAGUACAUCUUAUCAAAAGAUGAUGCUCAGUUUUUAUUCUAAUCAGGUUCUAAUAAGCCCAAAUAGCAAAGAGAAAUAAAAAAUGCAUGUAAAAAAAAAAAAAAACAGCUUGGGCCUUAGGAGGUUAAGAUGGUUCUGUCGUAAUCAAGACGUCUGUAGUGUUUUGAAUAACGAAAUCUUCACUUGUGACGCUAUGGUAAUUCUGAUUACUACAGGCACGACGAUCAGCUUUCGAGCGUAACAGUAACGUGGCUCCUCGUAAACAUCGCACGUACUCGAAUCAGGCUCGUAUCGAAGUUCAAACUUGUACGUUGUUUUGCUAGGAGAUGUACAAAACAACCGUGCGCCUUAUACUCUGGAAAAUACGGUAAUCUCAGGAAAGCACUUUUUUUUUUUCUUUCUUCCCAUUUAGCACUGUCACAGCAGCGCAUGCUCCGGAAUGAAUGUACUCGUAUUUAAAGAGCCCUGCGUAGUCUGUUAUUUAUUUCAGAAGGUUAUGUGAUUCGCUAGAACAUGUAUAGACCAGGGUUUUUACCCUUGUGCUAAUCAAGGACGCAUGCUUGUUGGAAAGCCGGAGAUUUUCUCGAUCGCACGUAGAUGCUCAAUAAUAAUAAUAAUGAUGAUGAUGAUGAUUUAAAAAACAUGUCCUGAAAUGUGUAUGUAAAAAAAAAAAAAUGUAAUGUAGAGAUCACCUUUAGCUUGUUUAAAAGCAAUGAUUUUUGUAUAUAAUAUCUUUCUAUUUUUUUUUUUCACUGAAUGUUGUAUCUGUGCUUUGGAGAAAAGUAUGUCAGUUUUUGAUUUUGUUUGGCUGAAAUUAA